UUUUUUAAAAAAUAUUCAGCUAUUAAUAAAGAAAUGAACUUUUAAUGUUUUGAAAAGAACCAUUUUUCAAUUUUCAAAAUUUAUUUCUAUAAGCAAAAAUAAGCUGUUCUUGCUUUCUUGUUCUUUCAAUUACAAAAUUUAUUGUUGCUAUUUCUGUCAAGAAACUUGGAAAUUAAACAAGUGGGUAGUCUCCUCUGUGCUGAUCUACAGCCUUGGCUUGCUGGUUUUUACUUGAGCAAGCUAACUUGGUUGGUGGGUCCCACAACUUCGGGGAAGUAAGAGAUUGAAAUUUCAUUUCAAUUUGGUGGGUUUUGGAUAAGUUGAAACUUGAAGCGAAAAAGAUCGAAUUAUUAGCAUAACCCAGAUGGCUACAUCAGUGAAUAUAAUUAUAGGCUCACAUGUAUGGGUGGAAGACUCUAAGUUAGCCUGGAUUGAUGGAGAAGUUAUUCGAAUCAGUGGUGACGACGUUCAUGUCCGGACUACAUCCGGAAAAACAGUUAUCACCAAGAUUUCUAAAGUGUUUCCGAAAGACACGGAAGCCCCACCUGCAGGAGUUGAUGACAUGACACGACUUUCGUAUUUACAUGAACCUGGUGUCUUACAAAACCUGGCUACAAGAUAUGAAUUAAAUGAAAUAUAUACAUAUACUGGCAAUAUCCUCAUUGCUGUGAAUCCCUUUCAAAGACUUCCUCAUUUGUAUGAUACACACAUGAUGCAACAAUAUAAAGGAGCAAGUCUAGGGGAGUUGAGUCCUCAUGUUUUUGCGAUUGGUGAUGUUGCCUACAGGGCAAUGAUCAAUGAGGGAAGGAGUAAUUCAAUUCUGGUUAGUGGAGAGAGUGGUGCUGGUAAAACAGAGACAACAAAGAUGCUUAUGAGAUAUCUAGCUUACUUGGGUGGGCGAUCCGGGGUAGAGGGAAGAACUGUUGAGCAACAAGUUCUGGAGUCAAAUCCAGUGCUGGAAGCAUUUGGUAAUGCAAAAACUGUUAGAAACAACAAUUCCAGUCGGUUCGGUAAAUUUGUUGAAAUCCAGUUUGACAAGAACGGAAGGAUAUCAGGGGCUGCAAUCAGAACUUAUCUUCUUGAAAGGUCACGUGUUUGCCAAAUUUCAGAUCCUGAGAGGAACUACCAUUGCUUCUAUCUUCUCUGUUCUGCACCAACUGAGGAAAUCGAAAAAUAUAAGUUGGGGAACCCAAAAUCAUUCCAUUAUUUGAAUCAAUCGAGUUGUUAUGAACUGGAGGGUGUGAAUGAUGCUCAUGAGUAUCUCGAACUAAGGAGAGCUAUGGAUAUAGUUGGAAUCAGCGAGGAUGAACAGGAGGCAAUUUUCAGGGUUGUUGCUGCAAUUCUUCACCUUGGUAAUGUCAAUUUUGUCAAGGGAGAUGAGAUAGAUUCAUCUGCUAUCAAGGAUGAGAACUCUAGGUUUCAUCUCAAUACAACAGCAGAACUUUUUAGGUGCGAUGCUCAGAGCCUAGAAGAUGCAUUGAUAAAACGUGUCAUGGUGACACCAGAAGAAGUCAUUACAAGAACUCUUGAUCCUGUAAAUGCUCUAGCAAGCAGGGAUGCAUUGGCUAAGACAGUAUACUCUCGCUUGUUUGACUGGAUUGUGGAAAAAAUUAAUAUUUCAAUUGGACAGGAUCCAAAUUCAAAAUCUAUUAUUGGGGUUCUUGAUAUCUAUGGUUUUGAAAGUUUCAAAUUCAACAGCUUUGAGCAGUUCUGCAUCAAUUUUACAAAUGAAAAACUCCAGCAGCAUUUCAACCAGCAUGUCUUCAAGAUGGAGCAAGAAGAAUACUCCAAAGAGGAGAUAGAUUGGAGCUAUAUAGAAUUUGUUGAUAACCAGGAUGUGUUAGAUUUAAUUGAGAAGAAACCUGGAGGAAUUAUUUCCCUACUUGAUGAAGCCUGUAUGUUCCCCAAGUCCACACAUGAAACAUUUGCUCAGAAGUUGUACCAGACUUUUGCUAAAAAUAAACGCUUUAAAAAACCAAAGCUUUCUCGGACUGAUUUUACUAUAUCACACUAUGCUGGGGAGGUUAUGUAUCAAGCUGAUCUGUUUCUGGAUAAAAAUAAAGAUUAUGUGGUGGCAGAGCAUCAAGCAUUGCUGACAGCCUCAAAGUGUGAUUUUGUCGCUGCACUUUUUCCUCCACUUCCAGAGGACUCAUCAAAAUCAUCCAAGUUUUCUUCAAUUGGAUCAAGAUUUAAGCUGCAACUUCAAUCCUUGAUGGAGACAUUAAGUGGGACUGAGCCUCAUUAUAUAAGGUGUGUGAAGCCAAAUAAUGCGUUGAAGCCUGCCAUUUUUGAAAAUGUGAACGUCAUCCAACAGCUACGCUGUGGUGGUGUCCUUGAGGCCAUUAGAAUAAGCUGUGCUGGAUAUCCUACCAGAAAGUCAUUCUAUGAGUUCCUUCUUCGUUUCGGUGUCCUUGCACCUGAAGCUCUGGAAGGAAAUUAUGAUGACACGGUUGCAUGCCAGAUGAUUCUAGAUAAAAUGGGGCUGCAAGGAUACCAGAUAGGCAAGACGAAAGUUUUCCUCAGAGCGGGCCAGAUGGCUGAACUGGAUGCUAGAAGGGCAGAGGUCUUAGGUAAUGCUGCAAGAAGAAUCCAGCGGAGGAUUCGCACUUAUAUUGCUCGCAGAGAUUUUGUGGACCUCCGGGAAUCUGCAAUUCAGCUACAGGCUUUGUGUCGAUACAGAAUGGCCUGUAACCAAUAUGAACAAUUGCGGCGUGAGGCUUCAGCUCUAAGAAUUCAGACGAAGUUCCGCCAGCAUGUAGCCAGAAAAGCUUAUUUAGCUGUACGCUUAUCUGCAAUCACCUUACAGACUGGAUUAAGAACAAUGACUGCACGCAAUGAAUUUAGAUUGAAGAAACGGACAAAAGCUGCCAUCCACAUCCAGGCCAAUUGGCGUUGUCACCAUUCUUAUGGUUAUUACAAGAAACUCUACAAGGCUGCCAUUGCUACUCAGUGUGAAUGGAGGUGCAGAGUUGCAAGAAAGGAGCUCAGAAAGCUUAAAAUGGCUGCAAGAGAAACUGGCGCCCUUAAAGAAGCCAAAGAUAAGCUUGAGAAACGUGUAGAGGAAUUGACAUGGCGUUUGCAACUUGAGAAGCGCUUGCGGACUGACCUUGAGGAGGCGAAAGCCCAAGAGACUACACAGCUACAGGAUGCAUUGCAUGCCAUGCGAUUACAACUUGAAGAAGCUAAAACUAUGGUGAUUAAAGAAAGAGAGGCUGCUAGAAAAGCAAUUGAAGAAGCACCGCCUGUAAUUAAGGAAACUCCUGUUCUUAUUCAGGAUACAGCAAAGAUUGAUUCGUUAACAACUGAACUUGAAACGGUCAAGGCUUUACUGCAAUCGGAGACACGGUCAAAAGAUGAGGUGAAGCAAUCUUAUACAGCAAUGUUGACGAAAAAUGAAGAACUAAUAAAGAAGCUAGAAGAGGCAGAGAAAAAAACAAAUCAGCUACAAGAUUCAAUGCAAAGGCUUGAAGAAAAGGUUUCUAAUUUGGAAUCUGAGAACCAGGUUCUUCGCCAACAAGCAGUAGCCAUAUCUCCAACAGGCAAAGCUUUGGGCAUGCGACCCAAAACAACAAUUAUAUUGAGGACUCCAGAAAAUGGAAAUGUUGUGGAUGGAGAAAUUAAAAGAGUAUCGGCGCUUGCUCCAGUACCGUAUACUCCUGAGAGUGAAGCUAAACCCCAGAAAUUCCUUAAUGAGAAGCAACUGGAAAACCAAGAUCUUUUAAUAAAGUGUAUAUCACAAGACCUUGGGUUUUCAAAAGGCAGGCCUAUUGCUGCAUGUUUGAUCUACAAAUCUCUUCUUCAAUGGCGAUCAUUUGAGGUUGAAAGAACAAAUAUUUUUGAUCGUAUCAUUCAAACAAUAUCUGCAGCAAUUGAGACCCAGGAUAACAAUGAUGUCUUGUCAUACUGGUUAUCUAAUUCAGCCACAUUGCUGUUGUUGCUUCAACGUACAUUAAAAGCUAGUGGAGCGGCUAGUCUAACUCCACAUCGAAGGAGAACGUCUUCUUCAGCUUCUUUAUUUGGUAGGGUGUCUCAGGGACUUCGCGCUUCUCCGCAGAGUGCUGGCUUCUCUUUGUUCAAUGGUCGUGCUCUUGGUGAAGAGUUGCGUCAAGUUGAGGCGAAAUAUCCUGCUUUGCUUUUCAAACAGCAACUUACUGCUUUCCUUGAAAAGAUAUAUGGCAUGAUCAGAGAUAAUCUAAAAAAAGAGAUUUCUCCAGUGCUUGGUCUAUGCAUCCAGGCACCUAGAAAUUCCCGGGGAAGUCUAGUGAAGGGACGUGCUCAGGCCAAUGCAGUUGCUCAACAAGCAUUGAUUGCUCACUGGCAGAACAUUGUUAAAAGCCUAAAUAACUAUCUGAACACUAUGAGAGCAAACUAUGUUCCACCAUUUCUUAUUCACAAAGUGUUUACACAAACAUUUUGUUUUAUCAAUGUUCAGCUCUUCAAUAGUCUUCUGUUGCGUCGUGAGUGCUGCUCAUUUAGCAAUGGGGAAUAUGUUAAAGCGGGUCUGGCUGAGCUAGAGCAAUGGUGUCAUGAUGCGACAGAGGAGUAUGCGGGUUCUGCAUGGGAAGAACUGAAGCACAUAAAACAAGCAGUUGGAUUCUUGGUUAUCCACCAAAAGCCCAAGAAAAGCUUAAACGAAAUAAAGAACGAUUUGUGUCCUGCGCUCAGCAUUCAGCAGUUAUACCGCAUCAGUACGAUGUAUUGGGAUGACAAAUAUGGCACACACAGUGUAUCUGCAGAGGUUAUUUCAAGUAUGAGAGUCCAAAUGACAGAGGAAUCAAACAAUUCUGUAAGCAGUUCGUUCCUCCUAGAUGAUGACUCGAGCAUUCCAUUUUCAGUCGAUGAAAUAUCCAAGUCUAUGGAACAAGUCGAAUUGGCUGAUGUCGAUCCCCCACCAUUGCUUCGCGAAAAUUCAGGCUUUGCUUUUCUCUUGCAACGCUCCGAUUGAUUAAAUAUUCCAUCAUCACUCCUCUUGCCGCUCUAAUUACCUGCGCAGGAUACAUUCACUUGUACAUUGUCGCUGUGAAGAUUCUAAGUAUAUCCCUGUACAUUCACACCUAGGCGUAUAUUUAUUCCGUCUUGGUUGUUUUUUUUUUUUUUUUUUGCAAUCUUUUUUUUGUUCUUUUAUUUUUUUUUCAGGCACGACAUAUUUGUUUUGAUGGACAAUGUGUGCAUUAAGCAUGCACAAAACAAUGGGUUUUUAGCUGCAUAAUAGUGCAGAAAGCCCCUUUUUUCUGGUGGCUCAAUGUAUAUCAUGUGUUAUUUGCUGUAAUGGUGCUGUAAAAAUUCACGUUUGAUGAAAUUAAAAUAUUAUUUUUUAAA